AUGCGCCGCCCGGGCCCCCCCCCGCUGCUGGCCGCCGCCGCCGCUGCCGCCGCCAUGGCCUCGCUCGGCCCCCCCGGCGCCCUGGGGGCCCCCGCCCCCCGCGGGAGCCUGCCGCCGGGCCGGGUGCCCCUGGCCCCCCCCUACGCCGUGGUGCUCAUCUCCUGCUCCGGCCUCCUGGCCUUCGUCCUCCUCCUCCUCACCUGCCUCUGCUGCAAGCGGGGCGACGUCGGCUUCAAGGAGUUCGAGAACCCGGACGGCGAGGAGGACUCGGGCGAGUUCACGCCGCCCGCCGAGGAGACCUCGUCCUCCCAGUCGCUGCCCGAGGUCUACGUCCUGCCCCUGGCCGAGGUGGGGCCCCCGCCCCCCGGCCCGCCACCCCCCCCGGCUGACCCCGCCGCCCCCCCGGGGCUGAGCCGCCGCCACCUCAGCUACCUGCAGGAGAUCGGCAGCGGCUGGUUCGGCAAGGUGAUCCUCGGGGAGCUGCUGGCGGCCGCCAGCCCGGCGCCCGUGGUGGUGAAGGAGCUGCGGGCGGGCGCCGGCCCCCCGGAGCGGAGACGCUUCCUGGCCGAGGCGCAGCCCUACCGGAGCCUGCGGCACCCCAACCUGCUGCAGUGCCUGGGGCUGUGCGGCGACGGGGCCCCGCUGCUGCUCGUCAUGGAGUACUGCCAGCUGGGCGACCUGAAGCGGUACCUGCGGGCGCAGCGGGGGGCGGGGGGGCGCCCCCCCGAGCUGCCCCCCCGCGGCCUGGCCACGCUGCAGCGCCUGGCGCUCGAGGUGACGCUGGCCCUGCGCCACCUGCACCGCCACGGCUACGUGCACAGCGACCUGGCGCUCCGCAACUGCCUGCUGACGUCGGAGCUGACGGUGCGGGUGGGGGACUACGGGCUGUCGCACAGCCACUACCGGGAGGACUACUACGUGACGGCGGAGCGGCUGUGGGUGCCGCUGCGCUGGGUGGCCCCGGAGCUGCUGCGGGAGACGCGCGGGACCCUCUCCGUGGGCGACCAGAGCAGGGAGAGCAACGUCUGGUCGCUGGGGGUGACGCUGUGGGAGCUGUUCGAGUUCGGCAGCCAGCCCUACCGGCACCUCUCCGACGACGAGGUCCUGGCCUUCGUCCUGCGCGAGCAGCAGAUGACGCUGGCCAAGCCCCGCCUCAAGCUGCCCCACUCCGACUGCUGGUUCGAGGUGCUACAGUCGUGCUGGCGCCCGGCGCCGCAGCGACCGUCGCUGGAGGAGCUGCACCGGCGGCUGAGCCGACUGUCGCGGCAGCGUCCGCCGCCCCGGCCGGGCCCCCGGCGCCCGGGCUCGACCCACCGCUCCCCCCCGCCGCCGCCGCCGCCGCCGCCCCCCCCGCCGCCCCCCCCCUCCGCCUUCCCGCUGCUCGACGGCGUCGCCGGCCCCCGCCCGGGCCCCCAGCGGGACCCCGACCCCGACGACGUGCUGACCGUCACCGCCAGCAGCCGCGGCCUGGGCUUCGAGUGCCUCUGGGAACGCGGCGGCGGCGGCGGGGGGGGACACGGCAAGGCCCCCCCCGUUCCCCCCCCGCCGGGGACGCCCGGGCUGCUGCCCGUCCUCGGGGCCCGCAGCCCCUCGGGGGGGAGCGAGUACUACAUCCGCCUGGAGCAGCACGGGGCGCCGACGGUGACGGUGACGACGACGACGACGACGGAGCCGCGGGGACGAUGGGGACAGCGGGGACGCGGGCGGCCGGGCUCGCUGGCCGACGGAGCCGACGGGCCACCCGCGUCCCCCUGGGAGAGCCACGCGGCGCUGGAGAUGUCCCCUCUGGCACCGGACGCGUCCCCGUGGGAGGACACGUCGCCUUCGGCACCGGUGACAGCCCCUUUGGCACGAGAGACGUCUUCAUGGGCGCAGGUGUCACCUUCGGCGCUGGAGAUGUCCCCUCUGGCGCCUGAGAUGGCCCCAUGGGAGCAGGUGUCACCUUCGGCGCUGGAGAUGUCCCCGUUGGCACCAGAGACGUCCCCAUGGGAGGACACAUCGCCUUCGGCACCCAAGAUGGCCCCUUCCGCACGAGAGACGUCCUCAUGGGCGCACGUGUCACCUUCGGCGCUGGAGAUGUCCCCUCUGGCACCAGACACGUCCUCAUGGACACAGAUGUCACCUUCGGCACCCAAGAUGUCCCCGUUGGCACCAGACACGUCCCCAUGGGAGGACACGUCGCCUUCGGCACCCAAGAUGGCCCCUUCGGCGCAAGAGACGUCUUCAUGGGCGCAAGUGUCACCUUCGGCGCUGGAGAUGUCCCCUCUGGCACCAGAGACGUCCCCAUGGGCAGAGAUGUCACCUUCGGCACCCAAGAUGUCCCCUCUGGCACCAGACACGUCCCCAUGGGAGGACACAUUGCCUUCGGCACCCAAGAUGGCCCCUUUGGCGCAAGAGACGUCUUCAUGGGCGCACGUGUCAUCCUCAGCGCUGGAGAUGUCCCCUCUGGCCCCAGACACGUCCUCAUGGGCAGAGAUGUCACCUUCGGCCCCCAAGAUGGCCCCUUUGGCACGAGAGACGGCCCCAUGGGUGCAGGUGUCACCUGCGGCGCUGGAGAUGGCCCCGUUGGCACCAAACGCGUCCCCAUGGGAGGACAUGUCACCUUCAGCACCCAAGACGGCCCCUUUGGCACGAGAGACGUCCCCAUGGGCGCAAGUGUCAUCUUCAACGCCGGAGAUGGUCCCUUCAGCACGAGAGGCGUCCUCAUGGGCGCAGGUGUCACCUUCGGCACCCAAGAUGGCCGCUUUGUCGCCAGACACGUCCCCAUGGGAGAAGAACACAUCGCCUUCGGCACCCAAGAUGGCCCCUUCCGCACGAGAAACAGCCCCAUGGGCGCAGGUGUCAUCUUCAACGCCGGAGAUGUCCCCUUUGGCACCAGACACGUCCUCAUGGGCAGAGAUGUCACCUUCGGCACCCAAGAUGUCCCCUUUGGCACCAGAGACGGCCCCAUGGGCAGAGAUGUCACCUUCAGCACCAGAGACGUCCCUUUCGGCACGAGAGACGACCUCAUGGGCAGAGAUGUCACCUUCGGCACCCAAGAUGGCCCCUUUGGCACCAGACACGUCCCCGUGGGAGAAGAACACGUCACCUUCAGCACCCAAGAUGGCCCCUUUGGCACCAGAGACGUCCCCACGGGCUCAGGUGACGUCCCCUUCCGCACCGGAGACGUCCCCUCCGGCACCAGAGACGUCCCCGUGGGCACGGAUGUCCUCUUUGGCACCGGCGACGUCCCCGUGGGCGCAGACGUCACCUUCAGCACCGGAGACGUCCCCUCCGGCACCAGAGACGUCCCCGUGGGCACGGAUGUCCUCUUUGGCACCGGCGACGUCCCCGUGGGCGCAGACGUCACCUUCAGCACCGGAGACGUCCCCUCCGGCACCAGAGACGUCCCCGUGGGCACGGAUGUCCUCUUUGGCACCGGCGACAUCCCCGUGGGCGCAGACGUCACCUUCAGCACCGGAGACGUCCCCUCCGGCACCAGAGACGUCCCCGUGGGCGCGGACGUCACCGUCGGCAGCAGGGACGUCCCCUUGGACGGACACGGCGGCGCCCAGGACACAAGGGACGUCCCCGUGGGCGCCGAUGUCACCGUCGGCACCGCAGACGUCCCCUUUGGCACCGGAGACGUCAUCUUGGACGGCCGGGACGUCCCCGCGGGCGCCGAUGUCACCGACGGCACGUGGGACGUCCCCUUUGGCAGCGGGGACGUCCCCUUGGACGGAAGGGACAGGGCCCGGGGCGCGCCAGGUGCCACCCCCGCCGCAAGGGACGUCCCCUCGGACACGAGUGACAGCGCCGGGGCCACCGCGGGAGGGUUUUCCCGGGGCGGGCGGGGCCGGAGGGGGCGGGGCCUCCCCCCUGGCUCCGCCCGCCCCCGUCCCGCCCCCAGGGACCGCGGCGGGGACCGGGGACCGGCGGGGACCCCCCCGGGGCGGGGGGCACCCGCCGGGGUCCCCCUCGGUGGUGGGCGCCGGCGUCCCCGCGGCCGUGGCCGUGCCACCGCCGGCCGAGGGCCCCGAGGAGGGGCAGAGGGUGGCCCUGGUGGCCGGGGACCUCGGGGACAAGCUGCCAAGAGACGUCCCCAGAGGGGACACCAGCGAGGUGCCAAGAGACGUCCCCAGAGGGGACACCGGCGAGGUGCCCAGGAGGGGACCCCGAAAGGUGUCCCCAGAGGUCCCCAGAGAGGUCACCCAAGGGGACCCCGAAAGGGGCUCCGAGGAGGUGCCAACAGAUGUCCCCAAAGGGGUCCCCGGCCAGGUCCCCAAAGGGGUCACCAAGGAAACGCCUGGAGAUGUCCCCCAAGGGGUCCCCAAGGAGAUGGUCGGAGAUGUCCCCAAAGGGGUCCCCAAGGAGGUGCCAACAGAUGUCCCCAAAGGGGUCACCAAGGAAAUGUCACCAGAUGUCCCCAAAAGGGUCCCCGGCCAAGUCCCCGAAGGGGUCACCAAGGAGAUGGUCGGAGAUGUCCCCAAAGGGGUCCCCAAGGAGGUGCCAACAGAUGUCCCCAAAGGGGUCACCAAGGAAAUGUCACCAGAUGUCCCCAAAGGGGUCCCCGGCCAAGUCCCCGAAGGGGUCACCAAGGAGAUGCUCGGAGAUGUCCCCAAAGGGGUCCCCAAGGAGGUGCCCAGAGAUGUCCCCGAAGGGAUCCCCGGCCAAGUCCCCGAAGGGGUCACCAAGGAGGUGCCAACAGAUGUCCCCAAAAGGGUCCCCAAGGAAACACCUGGAGAUGUCCCCAAAAAGUUCCCCGGAGAUGUCCCCAAGGAGGUGCCACCAGAUGUCCCCAAAGGGGUCUCCAAGGAGAUGCUCAGAGAUGUCCCCAAAGGGGUCCCCAAAGAAACACCUGGAGAUGUCCCCAAAGGGGUCCCCAAGGAGGUGCCCGGAGAUGUCCCCAAAAGGGUCCCCAAGGAAAUGCCACCAGAUGUCCCCCAAGGGGUCCCCAAGGAGGUGCCCGGAGAUGUCCCCAAAAGGGUCCCCAAGGAAAUGCCACCAGAUGUCCCCGAAAGGGUCCCCAAGGAGAUGUCUGGAGAUGUCCCCAAGGAGAUGCUCAGAAACGUCCCCCAAGGGGUCCCCAGGGAGGUGUGCCAGGAGCGGCUGCAGGUGACGCUGCGGGAGGACGUCACCCGCAAGCUGCUGGCCCCCCGCCAGCGGCCCGGGGACGGGGGGGCCGCCGAGGCGGGGGGGGGCGGCGGCGAGGGCCCCCCCCCGGCCCCCGGGGCCCCCCCGGCCCCCCCCAGCAGCGCCGACAUCCGAGCCAAGGCGUCGCGGCUGUCGCUGGCGCUGCCCCCGCUGGCGCUGCGGCCCUUCCCCAGCCGGGGCCCGCGGAAGGCGCGGUGGGAGGCGGCGGAGGCGCCGGCGGCCCCGGAGCAGCAGCAGCAGCAGCAGGAGGAGGAGGAGGAGGAGGAGGAGGAAGAGGAGGCGGAGGAGGAGGCGGCGGAGGCGGCGGCGCGCUGGGGCCGCCCGGGCGGGGCGGGGGCGGGGGCGGGGGCCGGGGCCGGGGCCGGGGCCGGGGCCGGGGCCGCGGCGGUGCCCGUCGUCGUGAGCCGCUGGGACGGGCGCGGCCUGCGGGGGCUCCUCAAGUCGCCGCGCGCCGCGGCCGAGGCGGCGGCGGAGCUGGCGCGCAAGCGCAAGAUGGUCUCCUUCUUCGAUGACGUCACCGUCUACCUCUUCGACCAGGAGACGCCCACCAACGAGCUGAGCUGCCAGAGCGGCGCCGAGGGCGAGGGCGCCGCCCCCGAUGGCCUCCCGCCCGCCGACGGCCCCGGCGGGGGGGAGGCCGAGCUGGGCCCCCCCGGCACCCAGCCCCACGGCGCCCUGCCCCACGGCGAGCCCCGGCGCGGCACCCGCUUCACCGUGUCGCCCGCCCUCGAGCCCCCCCGGGGCCCCCCCGAGCCCGAGCGCCCCACGGCCCCCCCCAUCGAGAACUGAGACGGGGGCCGGACCCCCCCCCCGGGACCCCACUUGGGGGGCAGCGACCCCCCCCCGAGGGGGGGGCAGGACCGGACCGGGGGGGCCCCGCGCCCCCCCCAGCACCUUUUCUACACUGACUUUGGGGGGAGCCCCAAAACCGGGGGGUUUCACCCCAAAAGGGGGGGGGGACCUGCCCCCCCCGACCCCGACCCAGCGAGGGGGGGCCCGGCCCCCCAUGUAGCCCCCCCAGUGCCCCACUGGGGGGUCCCGGGGGCGACCCCAGCCCCCCCCCGGCGAUGGGGGGGGCCCAAAUUUGGGGGGGGGAGGGGGUGGUUGGGGGGGGUCGCAUUAAAAGAAACUGGA